AUCAUUAUUUAAAACAUAAGCUACAGAAUUCCUCCAAUUAAUUAUUCAAUCCAACAUGCUAGCCUCCAACUUCUGUACAACCUCGUUAACACUUCAAUUACUAUGUCUGCUCUUUCAUGCAACUGCAUCGGCAGCAGUUUACAGUGCCCACUUCUGCACCAAUCAAACCUUUUACGCAUCCGACACCAAAUUUCAAUCCAACUUAAAUACCCUCCUCUCUUCUCUUGUUUCAAACUCCUCCCUUCCCUCCCUCAACGGUUUCUUCCGAACCUCCGUCGAUGACAUCGACGGCCGUUUCCUCUGCCGGGGCGACGUCAACGCAACCGUCUGCCACGGCUGCGUCGCCGCAGCAGCAGCGAACAUAACUCGCCUCUGUCCCAACGAUACCGAGUCCUACAUCUGGUACGACGAGUGUAUGCUAAUCUACUCCAACAGCACCUUCGACAAUGAUGACAUAGUUCCCGGGAUUCCCCUCAACGACGAAGGAAGCACCGUUAACACAAAUCACGACCACUUCAACCAAUUACUGUCGAACUUAUUAAACACUUUGGAGGGAAAAGCUUUGGAGAGUGAGAAGAAGUUCGCCGCAGGAGCGGUGAGUGUGACGAGCGCGCAAACGCUGUAUGGAAUGGCGCAGUGCGAGCCAGACUCAACGAGUGGUCGUUGUGAGGCGUGCUUUGGAAGCGCAAUUUCAAGUAUUCCAAACUGUUGCAACGGAAGCGGAGGAGCAAGGGUUCUGCUUCCCUUAUGUAGCAUCAGAUACCAACUGUAUCCCUUUUUGUACAAUUCCACCAUGGUCAUUCCUUCUUCAGAGGUCCCUCGGGCAGGAAGCAAAAGUACAUUGGUGGUUGUGGCAAUUGUUCUCCCUGCUAUUUCGGCGAUGCUUUUGUUUAUAGGAUGCUGUUGGUGGCGAAGAAGGCAAACAAAAAGAAAAAAUCUUGAGGAUGUCCAGGAAGUGAAUGAUAGCAUUAGGAGAUAUUUGACUAGUGAGGAAGAGUCUUUGCAUUUUGACUUGGCUACAAUCGAAGCAGCCACAAAUAGUUUCUCAGAUGAAAUGAAGAUAGGAGAAGGUGGAUUUGGUGCAGUUUAUAAGGGUACCUUUCCCAAUGGAGAAGAGAUAGCUGUGAAGAGGCUAUCAAGAACCUCCCUCCAAGGUGACAGAGAAUUCAAGAACGAGGUUCUACUUGUUGCUCAGCUUCAACACAGAAAUUUAGUUAGACUUUUAGGCUUUUGUAUGGAGAAAACAGAGAGAAUACUGGUUUACGAGUUUAUCAAAAAUUCCAGCCUCGACCACUUUCUAUUUGGUCACGAAGACCAAGGAGUGCUAGACUGGGCAAGACGUUACAACAUUAUAGUUGGGAUUGCACGAGGAAUUCAAUAUCUUCAUGAAGAUUCUCGACUAAAAGUAAUACACCGUGAUCUCAAGGCAUCUAAUGUUUUAUUAGAUGCCGAUAUGAAUCCAAAGAUUUCCGACUUUGGAAUGGCAAAGGUUUUUCAUGGAAAUCAAAGUCAAGAAAAUACAAGAACAGGAAGAGUAGUUGGAACUUUUGGUUACAUGUCUCCUGAAUAUGCCAUGCAUGGGAAAUUCUCAGUGAAAUCCGACGUGUUCAGUUUUGGAGUGUUGGUUUUGGAGAUCCUUAGCGGCAAGAAGAACACAAGUUACUAUCGAUCACAUGAGGACAAUGAUGAUGACCUUUUGAGCUUUGCUUGGAAGAAUUGGAUAGAUCGAACACCUUUCCAGAUAUUGGAUCCAAAAUUGAGAGGUUCUUAUUCUAGAAAUGAAGUUCAGAGAUGCAUCCAUAUUGCUUUGUUAUGUGUUCAAGAAAACCCAGUUGAGAGACCUUCAAUGGCGACAAUAAUGCUUGCAUUGAACUCUUAUUCAGUGACUUUAGGGUUUCCCAGACAGCCAGCAUCUCUUGUGAGAGGAAGAGCAACAAAAGAGAGAUUAAGACACCAGCUUGAUUCUGAUCACUCCAACAGUUCUUCAAUCCCUUUUUCUGCUGCUGAUUCAUUGAUCACUCAAGUAUAUCCUCUUAUAGUAAUUCCCAACCCAAAAUCUUGUGUUGUGCGCGAAACGAUGUUUUGGCGCAACAUGUUCCUCUCCAGCUCCACCAACCACGUUACCUUUCUUCUGUCCCUGUCUCUCUUGGUAAUGGAACCGAUUUGUUCCUCUGCAGCUCCGGUUUACAAUUACUGUCCAACCAACGCAUCCUACAAUUCCAGCGCUACAUUCGAAAAUAAUCUCAAAUUCCUUUUCCAAUCUCUUCUCUCCAACAUUUCCCAAUCCGACGGCUCCUAUUCCACCUUCAUGGGCUUGGGGACCGCAAGCGUCGCCAGCGGCUCUUUCCUCUGCCGCGGCGACGUCUCCCUUGCCACCUGUAACGACUGCAUAACCACCGCCGUCACCGAAAUAACACAACUCUGCCCCAACAAAACAGAGUCCAUAAUAUGGUACGACGAGUGCAUGCUCCGUUUCACCAACACCUACUACAACCCCAUCAACAUCGAACCGGGAGCCAGCUUGUCGAACGAUGAAAACAUCUCCGCCUCCGACUUGGUCAGCUUUAACAGCACGUUGUUCGGCUUGUUGGACGAUUUGGUGGAAGAGAGUGCGAAUUCUAACUCGGCGAGGAAAUUCGCCACCGGCGAUAGAGAAUUCGCCGGAUCCUCGCCUCGGAGAAGGGUGUACGCCCUGACGGAGUGCGACCCGUCCUUCACGAAUAGUGUGUGUGAAGAGUGUUUGCAAAACGCCAUUUCAACUCUUCCUUCGUGCUGCGAAGGAAAACAGGGCGCGAGGGCUCUGCUUGCAAUGUGCAAUGUUAGAUACGAAUUGUUUCAGUUUUACAAUACGAGUGCCACGUCAGCAUCCUCAUCAGGAAAUAGCAAUUAUGUAUUACGAGUAAUCUUCAUUGUUGCCCUCGUUAUUGUGUCGAUAAUUCUCGUAUGUGGUGUCUGCUAUUUCAUAUUCAAAAGAUCAAAGAAGAAAUACAACACUCUUCUAAGGGAAAAUUUUGGAGAAGAAAGUUCUACUUUGGAGUCGUUACAAUUUGAUUUAGCCAUAAUAGAAGUUGCCACAAAGAAGUUUUCACAUGAAAACAGGAUAGGUGAAGGUGGAUUUGGAGAUGUUUAUAAGGGUAUCCUUCCAGAUGGACGAGAAAUAGCAGUUAAAAAACUUUCACAUAGUUCAGGCCAAGGUGCAGCAGAAUUCAAGAAUGAGAUUUUGUUAAUAGCAAAACUUCAACAUAAAAAUUUAGUGACAUUGUUAGGAUUUUGUUUGGAAGCUGAAGAAAAGAUGCUUAUUUAUGAAUUUGUGCCUAAUAAAAGCCUAGACUACUUUCUAUUUGAUUCAUACAAAAGUAGUCAAAUGAAGUGGUCAGAACGUUACAAAAUUAUUCAAGGAAUUAGCCAAGGAAUUUUAUAUUUACAUGAACAUUCACGAUUGAAAGUUAUACACCGUGAUCUCAAACCUAGCAAUAUUUUAUUGGAUGACAACAUGAAUCCAAAGAUUUCAGAUUUUGGAUUGGCAAGAAUUGUUGGUGUAGAUCAAUAUCAAAGAAAAACAAAUAGAAUCGUGGGAACAUAUGGAUAUAUGUCACCCGAAUAUGCUAUGCAUGGACAAUUUUCAGAAAAGUCCGAUGUUUUCAGUUUUGGAGUUAUAAUACUAGAAAUAGUUAGCGCUAAAAAGAAUGCAAGAGAUGUUUUCUCAGACGAUGAUGACCUCUUGAGCUAUGCUUGGGAUCAAUGGAGGGAUCGGACACCAUUAAACAUAUUAGACCAAAAUAUUAAGGAAUCCUGCAAUCACAGUGAAGUCAUAAAAUGCAUCCAAAUAGGUUUAUUAUGUGUACAAGAGAAGCCGCAUGACAGACCUACAAUGACACAAGUUGUUUCAUAUCUCGGUAGCUCUUUGUCUGAGUUACCAUUUCCUGAAAAACCCAUAAAUUCUAAUCAAAGUGGACUAGUUCAAAAGAUGAUAGCAAGAGGAUCUAGUUCAGGUUCUGCACAAACAAUGAAUGAAAUGUCUGUGAGCAUAUUUAUCCCUCGGUAGCAUAUGUAUAGUCUUGUGUAUAAAUAGAUUGUAUAUCCUAGCUAGUUAAAAUCUACAUUAAUUUGAUGUUCUGGUUA